AAUUAAUUGUCUAAAAUGGCUGAUUAUAAUGUUGUUAUUAAAUUACCAAAUGGAGGUGUUGUUAAACCAUUACUUAAUGAAAGUGUUACUGUUAAACAAUUAAAAGAUAUUAUCAAACAAUCAAUCCCAGGUGCUACAGAUUCCAAUAUCAUUGUAUCCCUUUCACAAAAUCCAGCAGAUUUAACAAAGAGAAUUUCAGCAAUUGGUUUCACCAAAUAUUUAACAAUUGAUGCUGUCAAAAAGGCAUAUCCAAUGGGUUUUAUUAAUAACUCUUCAAUCGAAUUUAAUGAUGGCAGCGAUUCAAUGAUUAUGAAAUUAUAUGUUUCAUUAAAAUAAUCAAAAAUAGUAAUAACAACAAUAAAAAAAAAAAUACCUUGUAAUUUU